AUGAUUACCAAAGUGUUCAAUCUCUCAAUAGAACAACAAUGUGUCCCUCUGAUGUGGAAGCUCACCAAUGUGAACCCUUUACCCAAAGAAUCUCCUUUGACAGAGUGUAAUCAGUUGAGCCCUAUAUCGCUCAAAAACAUCAUUAUGAGAUUAUUUGAAAGGGUAGUUUGUAAACAGGAGAUUGCGUCUGCAUUCAAAUCCGUGAUCGGACGAGAUCAAUUUGCUUAUAAAGAGGGAACAAAUACUACCGAUGAUCUGACUAUGUGUUUGCAUCAUUGGUUCAAGUGGCUGGAUGAAGGUGCAGACUCUGUUAGGGUAAUAUCAUUUGCCUAUAAGAAAGCGUUUGACUCGGUAUCUCAUAAACACUCGAAAUUAACCCGUAUACUAUAAACUGGAUGAUUAGUUUUCUGGCGAACAGAAAACAAAGAGUUGUUGUUGAUGGCAUAGAAACUGUUUAUGUUGAUAUUAACAAAGGCGUACCGCAGGGUACGGUUUUGGGUCCUUUUCUAUUUUCGUUGAUGGUUAUCAUAUAAAACCCAUGGAUGCGCAAAACAACCUAUUGGUCAAAUUUGCUGACGAUAUAACGACAAGUGCUCCAGUAAAAUCAGGAUCGGAUUCUGCUGAGGCUGAGGUGGAAAGCAUUCAGAAUUGGUCGGAAGCAAAUCAAAUGACAUUAAAUGUUUCUAAAACGUGGGAAAUGGUUGUGCACGGUGGGUCUAUGAAACCGUUACCGGCACCGAUUGUAGGCAAUGAACGAAAGAGCUGGUUGAAAUUACUAGGUGUCACAUUUCAGGAAAAUCCAUGA